AUGAUUCCGAAAGAAUUUGCAAAUAACGUGGGAGAGGAGACAAAUGAGCCGCCUGUUAAAGUGAAAAGGAGCAAUGGUGAGGAAGUUGCAUACCACCCGGUGAAGUUGUCCAGGAGCGACCUUUACAGACCCCCAACAGCAGAGGAGCUCAACCAACUUAAAGAGGCAGAGAGUUUAUUUCACUGCAGCUUGCUAAAAAUGCAGAUGGAUGAGCUAUUAAAAGAAGUCGCCCUCAGUGAACGCAGGAAACUGCAAAUAGAUGCUUUUAUUCAGACGGUCACAAAGCUCCUGAAGGCUGUACCACAGUCACCUGAGGUGGAGGUGAGCAAUCUGUCCUGGUUAUCCAAUGAUGUGAAGGUUCCUUUCCUCCUGAUACCAAAAACUCAAAAGGGGAAAUUUCACAUGGCGCCUCCUGCUUCUGUUGAUCUGAUUGGAAGUUACCCAUUGGGAACCUGCACCAAGCCACGUGUCGUGGUGGACCUAGCUGCCACAAUCCCAGCUGAUAUCCUCCACCCGAAAGACUUCUUAAACCAGAGGUAUCCCAGGAAAAGAGCCUUCUAUCUGGCAGGUCUGGCUCAGUGUCUAACAGAAUCCUCAGAUAUUGGAGAAAUCUCGUACUCUUGCCUUCAUGGGAAUCGGCUUCGUCCUGUUCUGGUGCUGAGUCCCCCAGGUAAGGACUCACCAGCCUUGCUAGUCCGCAUUCAUGCUUGCCCACCUCCUGGAUUUUUCAAGCCCAGUCGUUUCCACCCUCGGAUGAAUAAUAUCAGGACAUGCUGGUACACCGAGGUGAACAAUUUACAAUCUGAGAUCAUUGAGCCUCCCACUCCACAUUAUAAUAGCUCCCUUCUGGGUGACAUGCUGCCCAGGGCUCACCUCCAGUUUCUGACUGCUAUAAGCGCUCAAUGCGCCGCUUUUCCUGAUGGAGUAUCUUUACUUAAAGUUUGGCUCCGUCAGCGAGAGCUUGACCAGGGCACUGGAGGUUUUAACGGAUUUCUUGCCUCCAUGCUGUUGGCCUACCUGUUAACCACGCACAGAAUCAGCAACACUAUGACCGCAUAUCAGCUGCUGCGAAACGGCCUGAAUUUUCUUGCAUCAACAGACCUUACAGUUAAUGGAAUCAGCUUAUCCAGAAAUCCUGACUCGACAGCUCCUUCCAUGGCAGACUUUCACGAUGCAUUCCAGGUCGUGUUCAUUGAUCCAUCUGGUCACCUCAACAUGUGUGCUGACAUGACUGCGUGCACCUACAAACAGUUGCAGCAUGAAGCGUCAGUUUCCAUGCAGUUCUGGGAUGACCCAACGGUUGAUGGUUUCCACAGCCUCCUCAUGACAUCCAAACCGAUGCUGAGGACCAGUGACCAUGUCUUCCAAUUGUGUGAACUUGUAAAGCUGCAGUCCAGCUGUAAGAAACUAAACCUACUCAGUGAGUUGAUGGACCAGAGUGGAAACUACGUCAACACGGUGCUCCCGUUUAUACUAUCGCUGCUUCAGAGAGGCCUUGGACAAAGGAUCAGCCUUCUCACCCAUUCACUUUGUCCUGAACCUGUGUGGUCACUGGAGAGUGAACCUCCAAAGUACAAAACCCAGCCACCUCUCAGCUUUGGCUUGUUGCUGCAGUCUGAGUUUGCGAACUCAGUCUUGGAGCGAGGACCUCCAGCAGACAGCCCUAAGGCUGCCGAGUUCCGGAAGCUUUGGGGUGCUCGUUCGGAGCUCCGCCGUUUUCAGGAUGGCGCCAUCACUGAGGCCGUCCUGUGGGAAGGAGAAAGUAUACACCAGAAACGCCUGGUACCCCAGCAAAUCAUCAAAUACUUGCUACAGCUUCAUGCAAACAUCCCUGAGUCUUGUGUGCGAUAUGUUGGGGCAGUUGUUGACGACGUUAUCCAAAUGAGAAAUAAGGUGCCGAGUACUGGAGAGGAGGAAGGUUUGCGUGUGGUACAGUCCUAUGAUGACCUGAGCAGAAAACUUUGGAAACUAGAAGAGCUUCCACUCUCCAUUACAUCAGUGCAAGGAGCUCACCCGUCGCUCAGAUACACACAGGUUUUUCCUCCAUUGCCACUCAAGUUCGACUACUCUUUCUUUGACAAAAGACGUGGUUUCCAACUACUAGUACCAAAGGAGGGUAAACCCUGCCCGGCUUAUGUGACCCCCAUCACAGUGAUCUGUCACAUGGAGGGCAGUGGAAAAUGGCCUCACGAGCGCCUGGCCAUCCGUCAUAUUCGAACUGCCUUCCACAUCCGUCUGGGAGAGCUACUCAAGACGCAGCAUAACUACACAUGCAGACCCUGCGCCACGCACCUAGAUGUCUGGAAGGACGGCUUUGUGUUCCGUAUCCAGGUGGCAUACCAUCGAGAGCCCCAAGUGCUGAGGGAGCGACUGAGUCCCGAGGGUUUACUGGUUGUCAGGGACAACGAGGAGGCUCAGAGCUUGGAAAUGAGCACUGUACACAAGCCUUUGCUAACCAGCACACUGCAUGGGCUUCAGCAGCAACACCCCUGUUUCGGGGCUGUGUGCCGCCUGGCCAAACGUUGGCUGGGGGCUCAACUCUUCAGCGAAGACAUCACAGAGGAUACGGCAGACCUACUCGUGGCUUCCCUCUUCUUGCAUCCAGCGCCGUUCACCCCUCCCGGUUCUCCUCAGGUGGGCUUCCUCCGCUUCCUUCAUCUGCUCUCCUCCUUUGACUGGAGGAACAACCCGCUGGUGGUCAACCUCAACAAGCAGCUCACAGCGGCCGACUACACAGAGAUCAGGAAUGACUUCAUGGCCUCCAGGGAGUCCCUACCCGUCAUGUUUAUAGCAACGCCUAAAGACAAAAAGGUUUCAAUGUGGACCAAGCGAGCUCCCACUGUCCAGAUGUUGCAGCGUGUGGUGAUGGUUGCUGCUGAGAGUCGCAAAGUUUUGGAAAAUCAGCUGAUGAAUGGCAAUCAGAUCCAAGACGUCCGGGUGGCCAUGCGUCCUCCUUUGGAUGCUUACGACGUGCUAAUCCACUUGAACCCCAAGCAGGUUCCCCUGCUCAACCAGGCAGUCGACCCUCCCACCGUCAACUUUAGCAGGGGCGCGCUCGCCGGAAACGCUAUCGCUUCUGGGGGGAUGAUGCCUGUCACCGACUUCAACCCUGUGACCCUCUACCUGGCAGAGCUGCGGGAUGCAUUUGGAGACCUGGCCCUUUUCUUCUGUGAUCCCUAUGGAGGAUCUGUCAUUGCUGUCUUAUGGAAGCCAAAGGCGUUUGCACCGCUGCCUUUCAAGACGUCCCAGAUGUCUGCCAGAAGUGUGGAUAUACGUAGCGACGUGGCAAAUUCAAUUCCCAACGUGGAAGCUAUUUUGGAUGACUUCAGCAUCAUUGGAAAGGAUUUGGUCAAAUCGGUGGAGGCCAGGACUGAAAGAUGGUCAUUUUAG